AGUGAGAGAGACAGGCAGAUAGGCAGACACCCAGUGAAAUGUUUGGUAGGGUCAUGUGGGGACUAUAAACGUACUCAGCAUGAAUCACACAUACCAGCAGUUUGUGCAGCGGCCAAUGGUGUUCCACCCCUGCCCAGAGACGGACCAUCUGACGCUGAACCACGUCAACAUGGAGGCUCAUGAGAACCACGUGUCCCACAAGACACUGGGGCUGAGCUCCAGGCACCUGGUGGUGCGGCGUGGGUGGUCGUUCAAGAUCACCUUGCUGUUCAAUGACCCAGUGUUCAAUAUUCAAACUCUCGUCCUCGAAGCGCUGCUAGGUACUGGGAUAGGUGGGCUGUCUGUAGAAAUCCCUGUCACCUUCUCCAAGGAAAGAACAGUGACCCAGUGGAGCGCUCAGAUCUACCCAGGGGAUGUGCAUUCCCGGUCCCUCAACCUCCACCUCUGCUCCCCCCCUCUCUCUCCAGUGGGGCUUUACCAGCUCCAGGUCAACAUCCUCAGACCCCACAGCAGACGCACCUACGCCAUAGGGAGCUUUGUUUUACUCUGCAACCCCUGGCUACAGGAGGAUCCUGUGUACAUGCCUUAUGACGAGCAACGAGAGGAGUACGUUACGAAGGACCAUGGGGUUCUGUACAUGGGUGCAACUUCUAAUGUCAUAUCGAGACCUUGGAUAUUUGGUCAAUAUGAGCAGGGGGUCCUGGAGACAUGUCUGAACAUCCUGCAGGUCAGCCCACAGCACAUCAACAACAGAGCGAAAGACUAUCUAGCCAGAGGAGACCCUACCUACCUCAGCAGGGUGGUCUGUGCUAUGGUGAACUGUGAGGACGACCGUGGGGUCCUAAAGGGUGACUGGUCAGGGAGCAUUAAGGACGGCACGUCUCCUCUAGAGUGGACUGGGAGUGCCGACAUCCUGAAGAUGUGGGCUCAGUCCAACUUCAGCCCAGUGUGCUAUGGACAGUGCUGGGUCUUUGCCUCUGUUAUGUGCACAGUUAUGAGAGUCCUGGGUAUCCCAUCUAGGGUGGUGAGCAUUUUCAACUCAGCCCAUGACACAAAUUCAAACUUGGUCAUAGAGGAAUACUACACCCAUACUGGCACAAAGCUCAACCUAUCUAAGGACAGCAUCUGGAAUUUCCAUGUGUGGGUGGAGUGCUGGAUGAGAAGGUCCGAUCUGACCCCAGAGUUUGACGGGUGGCAAGUACUGGACCCAACCCCUCAAGAGAAGAGUGGAGGUGUUUUCUGCUGCGGCCCGUGUCCAGUCCAAGCCAUCAGAAACCGUUGCUUUAACCUCCCCUACGACGCUCCAUUUAUUUACGCGUCGGUCAACGCGGCUGUUUUCACCGUGAUCCUCCGAGAUAGGGUGGUGGUGAGGAAGAGCUUGGACACGGGGAGGGUGGGCCAGCGGAUAUACACCAAGAGUCUGGGCUCCAACGAACCUCAGGACCUCACGUGCGCCUACAAGUGCACGCCGAAUACCAAAAAUCAUACAACAUGCGGACAACAAGGAGCAGCUGAAAGUCUGUCAGUUUCUCUGAAGAUAGACAAGGUGCCAGUGAUGGGAGAGAACAUCUGUCUAACUGUGAUUGUCACAAACCGAGCUAAUGUUUGCAGGGUCCUAAAGGAGCAUGUUAACGCCCAAGCUGAAGAGUACCAUGGCAGGCCUAUGGAGACCUUUUGGGAGGCUACAGAGAGGCUUCAGGUGGGACCAUGCAGAGCUGUGAUGGUGCGCCACCAGAUCCCUUCAUCAGACUACGAGCCAGUCCUGUUGGAGCAUGGUUUUCUGAACUUAGCGGUGGUCCUGAAGGAUGAACAGACCCAAGAGAGGGUUAUCGCCACAGAGGAGUUCAACAUGACCUCCCCUCAAAUCUCUAUAGAGGUACUUGGGGGAGAAAUCCUCCAACUGAUGAAACAGCACACUGCCCUGGUCUCCUUCACCAACACCUCGUCCAGACUCCUGAGGGGGGCGGUGCUGACUGUGGAGGCCUCAGGCCUGCUGGAGGAGAAACAGCAGACCAGGUGAGUCACCGCAGAGAUGCUGGCCCCACAGUGAGAAACAGCUGUUGCUGUUGUUGUUGAUUGAACUGUCAGAUAGUGUUUUAUUACGUAAGAUUACGUAAUAAAAAGCUGUUUAUAAU